AUGGAUUUGGAAAUUGCAAAGACGAUUCAAGAAGAUCUGAUCAACGGUACUCUCAAGUCUCAUUGUUUACAAGUUAUCUAUGAAUUAAAAAUUCACGAGAUUUUAAACCAAAAUGGUGGCUUCAUGUCGUCCGUUGAUAUUUGCAAGAAAAUCGAGAGUAAAAAUAUUAAACCUGGAUACCUUCAAAGAUUGUUGAGAUAUAUGGCUUGCUUUGAUGUGGUUGAGGAAAGGAUGAAUGGAAAAGACGUUGUUUUCAAAGCAACUGAAGUUCUGAAAGUGCACGAAAUAACACGUGGUUUUUUGUUUACUUGUUUAUCUCCACAUCUGAUGGAGCUACUCGAUGUAUCAACUGGUGAAAAACCUUUAUUUGAGCAUGUUUGCGGGUGUACUAUAUGGAAUUACAUGGAAAAUAAAACCAAUGAACAUUUUAAAAACAUUUUCACGAAUACUAUGGAGUAUUUAUCGGCUGAAGUAGUAAGAGACGUAUCAAAGAUAAGCGGCGUAAUAAAAAACGCAAUGAAAGAAUCUGGCGUUAUUAUUGACGUUGGAGGGGGAUCAGGAUACAUGAUGGAGGCGCUCAAAAAAGAGCUUCCACAUUGGGAUUGCAUCAACUUUGAUUUGCCUUACGUUACCGAGCGUAAUAGACCACUACCUGGAGUGGAAAUGGUGGCUGGUGAUAUGUUUAAAGUAGGGAGUAUUCCUAAAUGUGAUGUUAUCUUAACUAAAAACAUUUCCAAUGACUGGAGUGACGCUAAGUGCAUUGAGAUGAUGAGAAACUUUCAUAGCGCGCUUAACGAUGAUGGUAUGUUACUAUCCGUCAAUUAUUUUAUGCCAGCUCCAGAAGAUGAAAAUCGAUCAUGGAAGAUAAGAUCCAUGGAUGUCAAUAUGAUGAUGGUGUUUGGAGAAGCACGAGAACGAACAUACGCUGAAUUUGAAGACCUACAUCGAGAAGCAGGAUUUCGUUUGAACAAAUAUGUUCUAAUUGGGCCUGAAGACAGACAAUGCGGGUUAUUGGUUGCUACGAAAUCGAACUUGAACUACCGACAAAAACAUUAA